AUGGCCCUCAAACUCGACCCCUAUUGGCGUUCCGCCGUCGAUGAAGCUCGGAAGGAGCGCUCCCAGCGUCCAUCUAAGCCUUCCCCGGGUCGUAACACCAGCCAUUGCCACAUCCCGCGCGGCCCAUUCGUUGUUCAUCCCACCAGACGCACCGGCUACACCUUUGCGGACGGCCGCUCGGCGGUUCUAAGCAUGCCGACCAUCUUCAACGCUUUCCACGCACCUCAUGAGGCAGUGCAUGCCAUCUCCAAUUGGCCAUGCAGGGAGGAGGAAAAAUACGAAGGGGAUGGACGGAUUGCAACAGAUAUUCUUCACAGACGUUUCCCUGCCGUGCCCCGUGUGCAGGGAAACGUCACCGUGAAUUGGCAGCAGAGGAACUUCAUCGAGCCGUGUCCUCUCGAGAACUACUGGCGCCCGCUUCCUUCGGAGGUCGAUAUCUUCAUGAGGACACACUACGUUCCGGAAGUAGAGUGCAGUCAUGAGCAAGGUGUUCAAGCUGUUGGGCAAGAACUAAUGGAGCUACUGGACGAUGUGCAAAACAGCGCUCGUAAGGGCUUGAAGCCCACGGCUUCGCCUGCCCGCAGUCCGCUCGACCAGACUGACGGUCCACAUUUCGACAGACUGUGCGAUCCCGGUCACUUCCAUCUCGUACCUCAGACACACGGCCCGCCCAGGCCUCACCAACUCAUUAAUGGUGUUGCCAACUCCCCGAACGGCAACGACACUGACUCAUUGACGGAGACCUUGUUGUGGGCGCAGGCUCAGGGCAACGUACACUCUUCCGCACUCAACCCUGAUGACCUCGCUGCCAUUGCUGUCCCAGAGGGCUUCAUCAGGCGCAAUGAAGCUGCUGCAUCUGACUGGGACAAGGAUGCCCACUUCAGGGCCUAUCUAAACACUCCGAUCCCGCGAACGAAGCGGGCACCGCCAAGUGAUGCCACUUGGGGUUCCGCAGAUGCGCGUGCUUGA